AUGGAAUGUCUUGCCAUUGAAGGAAAUCUUCUAUCUGGAGAAAUCCCAGAUUGCUGGAAUCAUUGGCGACGUUUGGGUUACUUAGAUUUGGAAAACAACAAUUUGACCGGGCAAAUCCCACCUUCUUUGGGACAUUUGAAUCCUUCCGUACUAAACCUUCGAAACAAUGACAUGUUUGGAGAAUUACCAUCUACGUUGCAACAUUCUACGAGUUUGAUUAUGCUUGAUCUCAGUGACAAUCAUUUCAGUGGGAGUGUACCAGCAUGGAUUGGGGACAAACUCUCAAAACUUGAGAUUCUAAGCCUUCGAUCGAAUAACUUUAACGGACACAUUCCUCAAAAAAUUUGUCAACUUCAAUCUCUUCGGAUCUUGGACCUUGACAAUAACAACAUUUCAGGAUCUAUUCCAAAAUGUUUUAGUAAUUUGAGUGCAAUGGCUAACAAAAGCAACCAAAAUAGCUAUAUGUUUCAGUGGUCGAGUACCAGUUAUAUGUUUCAGUGGUCGAGUACCAGUACUAAUUUGUUUUGUAUAAGAGCAUUAUUAGUGCUGAAAGGACGAGUGGAUGAAUACGGUACCACACUAGGACUUGUUAUCAGCAUGUAUCUUUCAACUAAUAGACUCAUAGGAGAGAUCCCAAAAGAACUGGGAAGUCUCGUUGAGCUACAGUCAUUGAAUCUAUCAGGAAAUCUCCUAAUAGGAAAUAUACCGGACGAAAUCGGCAACAUGGAAUUGGAAUCUCUUGAUUUGUCGAUGAAUCAAUUAAAUGGUGAAAUCCCUUCAAGUUUCUCCAAUUUAAAUUUCUUGAAUCACUUCAAUGUCUCCUACAACAACUUGACAGGACAAAUCCCAACAAGCACUCAGCUUCAAAGCUUUGGAAACUUUUCUUACAUGGGCAAUCAUCUUUACGGACCUCCUCUCACUACAAACUGCAGCACAAAACCGUGUAGUGGCUCCCUUGUUUUAUAUCAGGUCUUGGAGGCAUGCAUACUAUUGAAAGUUGGACCAUAUAUUGGUCGAAAGCUAUAUAUGUACAAUGGGUGCAAGUGGAACAAGUGGAGGUGCUGCAGGGCAGGUGGUGUCAGUGGAGCGGCGGCAGAGGGUGGUUGA